AUUUAUAAUAACUGAACAUAACCUGUCCGUAAUAUAAAACGGUGACCCAUGUUUUUUGUUUAACAUCACACUGGUUUUAUCAUCAACUCAUGUUGAUACAGGCAGGUAGGCAUGUCUUGCAUUUCGCCUGAAAUAGCUCCACGGAUGUAGUGUCUGGCAGAGAGGAUACAGAUUACCCAUCACAAGUAGGUCGAGGGGGAGGGACUUGAACUAGUAUCUAUGUCGCCAUGCGCUCUGUUUUUACUAUCACUGUAGCUAGAUGUUGUUAAAUGUCAGUAUACACACUUGAUUGAAUUGAAUCCUCCAUAGGACAAAGACUCAUAAUAAUGUGGUCAUUAGUAGGUCAGUUGGUAGAUUGUGGUGCUUGGAACUCCAGGAUAGUGGGUUCGUUUCCCAGGACCGCCUGUACAUACAAUGUAUGUAUGCAUGACUGAUGAAGAUGUACAACAGCCAGAUAACCAGUCACUCUACCCUGAUGAUGAUAUCCCCACAGCUACAAAGCGCCCUCUUGUACAAGGGCGUGGGAGGAAAAGGGUGGCAGCCCCUGCCUAUGAAGACAGAGAAGAUCUGGGCUUCAAGACCCCCGUUAAUGUGCACCAUCACCGGGUGCUGUCCGAGCUAAACCCCUCCUCUCCCCUCAAUUCCACUGUGCGAAAUAUCUACUCCCCCAUGGUCCGGUUCCUCACACCUACCAAGGAAAAUGCGAGAACCCCCAGCAGUGGUGAUGUGAUGAGCCCAGAGCAGUGUGUGUUUGGCUAUGGUUCCAUCAGCCUUCUCACUGGAGAUGAGGACAAUGAUGACGUUUUCAGCCCCUUUACCUUCAUCAAGAACAUUCCAUCCAAAUCCCAGCAGUCCAAACCGUGCAUACGAGACAUCCCGCCUAAGACGAGGAGUACGCCCCAAGCCACUCUAGUUUUAGAUCUGGUGAGUGUUGGGUUUACCUUUGAGGAUGAAACGCUCAUGUACAGCUCUCUGAACCGGAUUGAGGAUGCAGAGUACACCUUUCGCACAUGUUUCCAGGACAAUCAUUACAAAGUCUACAUGAUUCUACGACCACAUGUGAAAGAAUUUCUGGAAGCCAUGACAAAACAUUUUGAGAUGUUUGUUUAUACAUCUGCAAAGAAAGAAUAUGCAGAGAAAAUACUGGACAUCUUGGACCCGAAAAGAAGGCUGUUUCGACACCGUUUGUAUCAACAGGACUGUACCUGUGUUCUUGGGCACUAUGUCAAGGAUUUGGGCGUACUUAAGAGGGACCUUGCUAAAACGGUGGUUUUGGACAAUGCUCCACACACAUACCCCUACCAUCUGAUGAAUAUGCUUCCCAUCAAGAGCUGGUCUGGGGAUAAGGAGGACAAAGAACUUCAGAAGCUCAUCCCGUAUCUUGAGAGAGUGUCCGGAACAGAUGAUUGCCGGGAGGUACUGAAGAGGAGGACAGACCACUUUCACAGACUGCUCUCUGAGGAUUGAGAAAAGGCUUCUGAUCAUCCUUCCAUAAACGUUUUAAUUGCAAACAUGAACUAGAUCUACUAUUCUAGUCUUUCUGUAUAAUCCCUGAAUGACCAAUGGGUUUCUGUUAGUGUGUCAAUUUAAAAUGCAGAGAUUCUAUAUUGUUCCCAAACAUUUCUCACUCAGCCCAGCAAUAAAUUGCUAAUAGUUGAAAAAUGAACUAUUUAAAUAUAAUGACGCAACUUAAAAUAUGUUCUUCAUACAUAAUAAUCCUAAUUUAUUGACAGAAAAUAGCUUUUUAGAAGCUGUUAUGUAAAUAUUCUUUGAUUAUUUUAGUGACAUGAUUAGAUUUUUCACCUCAACAAAAGCCAGAACAAGUUUAUCUGUAAAUAAUAAAACAACUUAAACCAU